AUGCCUUCGUCCGCUGCGCAUAAUUUACUUUCCCUUCGAAACUCUAGUCUUGCCUCAGCUCCCCUCAACAUCACUAACCCUGCAUUGAAGGCGCCAGAGGAAAUUACCGAUCUGACAUAUUCGCCUUGGCCGGAGCAACCGUUCAGGAUUACCUUACUUGGUCCUGGUCUGUUAUUCCUGAACGUGUACCUACUUAUCGGCAAGGCCCGGAAAUUCCAAAGUUCGCCCAUGGUUAGUGUGACUGAGUUACGGCACUUCCUCCAAGAUUUCGUCGACAACAUCAAGCGAGAACAUCCCGUUCCUGGCUGCGUGCCACGUCAUGCGACUCAAUCUACCAUCGACAUCUCGUCAUACACAAAAUGGCUCAUCGCGAUCAACGAAGGCCCAUUUCGUGGCAGGCUGCCUACCGCGGUGGCGUUGGUUGCCUUUGAUGCGCUGGGGAAGCUGUUGGGACGGUAUGGGCCGUCUGAGAUCAUUUGGGGUAUCAAAGAAGUGGGGGCAAGAAUCCCGUGGGCCUAUGGAUCCCUGACUAUUGAAAGCAUCGAGGGAUUCACUGUGAACAAGUCUUCGUCAAUCGAGAAUGGCGGAUUUCGGACAGCGUGA